AUGAAGUCUUUGAAGUUUGCAAGCGCAGAAGCCCUGGUGUCUGAUGCCCAGGUGACCAGGGAAAGUCUGCCCAACGUGGCAUAUAACCUUUACCCGCUCCUGUUUAAAGCCAGCUAUUUGGUAGAACAAGGAGAAGUGAUUCACGAUCUUUUGGAAAACUGGCCACUGGCAGAAUUCAACCUUGGAAAUCUGUUGGGGCCCACAGUGGACUACGCUGAAGACCUCCGCACCUGGGCCUGCAAGAUCUGUCUGGAAGCUUGUCUGUUGGGGCUCAAAGACUAUGUGCUGAACAACUCUCCAACUUACACUAAAAGGCUAAGAACAGCCAAUCUCACAGGCAUCCAGGACGUGGAAGUGCAGUUGUGCAAAUGCCAGAAAUCUCUGGGCCGAUGGGGCCGGACAGGCCUCCUAACCAGGCUCUGCUUUGAACUGUUGGUAGAGCUGCAAAGGCGACCAUUCAACCCAAGCAUCUUGGACAUUGGAAUUGAUGUCUUCAUCAACUUCUUUGUCACGGAGAGCAACUAUGAGUGUGCAUUGCAGGCCCUGAUGGUGAGGUGCCACUCCCCUCUGAAGGUGCACUGUGUGGCCUUCAGGGCUGACAGCCUGGGCCUGAAGAAGCUCUUCUAUAUGCUGAGGCUGGUGGAGCCCGACUCUCUGGAGAAGCUGGAGAUCGUCCAUAAUGUGCACUUGGAGAUGGAGCACCUACAGGUAUUACUCAACCACUUGGAUUUUCCCCAGCUGGUCUCACUCACACUGCCGGCCAGAGCCUUCAAUGUGCGCCGGCUUCAGGGAGAAGAUGACUCCAUUCUCACCAUCAUUGGGGAAAAGCUGAGCCGCAUGACCCACCUCAGAGAGCUGAGCCUGGCCUUUUCCAUUCUGACAGGGAGAACUCGGAAGCUACUUAGUCCCUUGAGAACUCCCCUGAGAACCCUGGACCUGUCUAACUGCUCCCUAAACUAUGCAGAUAUGGCCUACUUAGCAAAUUGCCUCCAUGCUUCUCAUCUUGAGGUGCUUGACCUCAGUGGACACAAUGUGGUCAACCUCUACCCGUCGACCUUCUUCAAACUGCUCAGCCAAGCCUCCUGUACCCUGAAGGUCCUGAUCUUGGAAGAAUGCAACAUUGAGGACAGAAACCUUAACAUGAUGAUCGUAGGCUUGACCCCAUGCCGGAAACUGCAAGCCUUCAAAUUUCUUGGAAACCCACUUUCCUCACAAGCACUGAAAUGUCUGUUCAAUGUUUUCUGUCAGCUCCCCAAGAUGAAAUCUGUUGAGUUCCCAGUGCCGAGGGACUGCUAUCCAGAUGGUGUCAACUACCCAUUGGAUGAUGCCACCCUCCCCAAAUUUGAUCACCAGAAAUAUGAGAAGAUUACAGAAGAACUUCAUACAAUCCUAAUUCAAGCCAAUCGAGAAGACAUCAAGGCUUCCACACCCCUCUAUGGAAGCUAUGACCCAGACAUUCAAGAAACAAGCAAUGAGCUUGGAGCCUUCUUGCUUCAGUCUUUCAGAGAUGCCCUAGAAAACUUUACCACAGCACUGAAAAAAAUGAAUUAAGAGCUUUAAGGAAAGGCUAUGAAAUCACAUCAUCAUGAGAUGCUCUUGCAUCAACUUUCCUUGUCCCUAUGGAGAUCAGUCCUGGGUUGGGGAUGGAACCAAGAUGAGGCAUCAUUAUGAUUAUCAUUAUCAUGACCACCAGCAUCACCACCACCACCAGUGUCAAGCAUUCAUUACAUGCCUGUUUAUGUAUGGUACUGGGCUAAAGCAGAAUACCUAGUACCAUUCCUGCCUUCUUGGAGUUCACACUCUAAACACAUCUGAAUGCUGUUGUUUUACUCUUCACAUGUAUGUUCUGAGAGUCUGGGUGCAAGUUAACAGGAAGAAGGGAAAAUUCCUGAGUUCUUCAGAGAAGUUGCAUCAGAGUCCAACAAAUUCUGAAGAAAAAAUGUUACAGUCAGUCAAACUGCUCUGGAGGACUGUCACAAACAAAGCAAACUUCCUUGGUGCUAAGUGUGGGAAAAGAUCACACUAUAGCCAUGGGGAAAGGAAGUAGGUGUUUAGAGGAAGGAUGGCAAUUGUAGCAGAGACCAAGCCAAUAAGGGGUGUGAUGAGAUGAGGGGAGAAGGAAACCAGUGAUAAAAAAUUAGGGUGACAGAGAUACAAGAAAAUACAAGGAGUAGGUGAAUUGGUCACUAAGCUAACAAACUGAGCUGAGGAACAGAAAGAGGAAAGAUGAGAAAAGCAAACCAGACUUUUAUUCUGAUCAACAAAUUCUCUUUGGAACUAGAUCUCAAGAUAGGAUCUGUAGAUGGUUUGCAAGUCCUGUAAAUGGUUCAUAAGUGUGUCUUUUGUAGUACUUAUACAGUAUUUUUACAGUACAAUAUGACAGAGUUUAUACUUUUAUUUCUUAUGUAAACUGAUAAUCUACUAAUGCUGUCCCUCACUGUUCUCUUAAAAAAUGGUGGUGGCAUUUCUUUUGUUGUUUGUUUUGUUUUUGCAGUGAUGAGUAGUCCAAUGAGAAGCCAUAAAAAGUAGAUUUCAAUUCAAUUUAAGGGAAAACUACCCCGUAAUUAGAAUAAUCUAAUACUAGAAUCAGCUACCUCAUUGGAGGAGGGGAAGAGAUAGCAGAUUCCCCUCAUGGAAAGCUAUCAAGCACAGAUAACCAAUUCUUUGGGAUGUUAUAGAGGGAAAUCAUGGACAAUUCAAGGACAGGUUGGACCAGAUUGCCUCUGAGAUUCCUUUCACCUCUGAGAUCCUGUAAUUCUUCUGACUGAUACUAUAGCAGUUUAGUAACAAUCAGAGUGACUACAUAAGUUUCAAGUAUACCCAACCCAUUCACCAAUACCAUGCAUCAUCACCACCACCAUUUCCUAGUUCAAUUAUUUGUUACAGGUGCUUAGAUUUUGUAGUAUCUUCUGCAUAUGGAGAUUAGUCUUCUGAGGUCAAGUGAAAUGUGUUCAUGGUAUUUUAUUUAGAUCACUAAACUUAACAGGGAGGGUAUAUUGUCAUCAGAUGAAAACAAGAUAGUAUGACAACUUCCAUAAAUUCGUAUCAGAAAGAUUCAGUUUGUAACAAGGUCUGACUGGUGAAUAUAACCUGCCUGAAAAUAAAUCAUAAAUGUGCUUUGACAUCA